CAUGCCACCACAACUUCUUCCAGUGGGUCAAGCAUCACGUGAUUACAACGUCACCCUACAUGUUCGAGUAUCGGACGCCUUUGGAGCAACAUCUUCAGUUACGCUGUAUGUACAGGUUAAUGACCUGCCACCAGAGGAAUCCGCUGCCGUUGCCGGACUGUUGACCAGAGGAGAAAACAGCACGCUGAGUAACCUUGUCCGGACAGGAGACGUCCAGGCGGUUUUACAGCUGGCCCGCAGUGUUUCAUCUGUGCUCAAUGCUGCUCGUGGGAACAUGACAGCAGCUGAAACAGAGUCCUUUACAAAGAUACGCACCGCCAUGGUGACCGGCCUGUCCAAGUUCCAGCCCAGAUCGAUGUCGUCUGUCAACUCGAUCGCAGGUAGUCUCAGUCAGGCCACUCGUGCUCCGGAUCAGCUGUCAACAGAAACACAGGUGGUGGCAUCUGGCGUCUUGUCAAACAUGGCAAACUUUCUGCGGAGUCAGACACGGGAGGAUAUCAGCACUGAGAAAGUGGAAGAGUCUGCAGUUUUCAUCUUUACAGCGAGCAUAAAUGUAAUGGCAGGGUCAUCACAUGCUGUGGAGAAGGCAAAGCAUACAGCAGACGCUGGAGGCAAUAUUCAAAAUGUACAACACUCUACAACCGCCAUCUUCGAUACAAUGAAUACAAUGAACGAGCUUCUGCUUCAUGGGAAAAGACCGGGCGAGAAGCCGACAGUUUUUGUUCAGGACGAGUUUGAGAUGUCUCUAACGAAACAGAGGUGCAGAAACAUGGGCGCCCAAAUAGUCAGCACUUCCGGUGGUGCUGGGAAAGCUGGGAGCUGGUUCCGCAUUCCUGACACUUCCGUGCUGUUCGGACAAGCGUGUGGGGACUCGGUCGGGUCGGAGAACUACCAAACGACAUUGAAUCCCUUCGGCUAUGCCAGUAACGCCGACAUGGUCAAGUCCUCAGUAGCUGCCCUACAGUUCCGGACAGACAGCGGUGCUCUGCCUGUACACAACCUGACCCAGCCGAUAGAGGUGGUGACGCCACGGAAGGACGGGGCAGUGGCUGUACGGACAGAACGAGCUGCCACUGCACCCAUUGGUCAUAAUCUGAUGACGGUCCACAAGUUCAACGUGACUGGUGAAGGAGCCGUGCACAUCACCCUGCAGCCGGAUGAAGAAGGUGCCACCGUCCACCUGUACCUCCGUCACCUGGCUCCGCCCACCAGGUCAACGUUCAACUGGACCUUCACACUGCCGCAAGCCCCUGAGCAGCUCUACACCAUCCCAAUGGACGAUAAGAAGGACAUACGAGCGGAUCCGUACACUGUCCAUAUUCCCGAGGACGAGAUUGACGGUUGGGAAGGAGAAUGUUAUCUUGGUGUGGAGUACGUCCCCAAAAAUGACAGCGAGAAUGUGCCGUUUCGGGACGACACUGACCUGGACAUUCGAGAAAGUAACAUCACCUUGAACUAUACCAUCAAGAUCUUCACCUCCAAAUGCCUCUUCUUUGAUGUUAACUCACACCUGUGGAAAUCAGAUGGUUGUAAGGUUGGACCCUUAACGAGUGAAAGCCAAACUCACUGCUUCUGCAAUCAUCUGACGGCAUUCGGCUCUGAUUUCCAAUUCUUCGUGGCGCCAAAUUCUCUUAACAUCAUGGAGGCUCUCAAGGAGUUUAAGAACAUCCACGACAACCCGGCUGUAGUGUCCACAAUAUCGAUCAUCGUAGGGAUUUACCUGCUUCUUAUUCUGUGGGGAAGAAAAAGGGAUAUGGAUGAUACAAAGAAGAUGGGUGCUACCAUUCUGGGCACAUCUACAGGGGGCAGUGGCUUGUAUCAGAUCGUGGUGUUCACAGGAACAAGAUCCAACUCUGGAACUACUGCAAAGGUUUCUCUCAUUUUACACGGCGACGUCGGCGAAUCUGGGCCUCAUACAUUAGAGGACUCCAACCGUCUGACGUUCGCCCGUGGAGGUGUGGACACCUUCCUCGUCACUACGUCACUUCCGGUCGGUGCCCUGGGCCACAUCCACGUGUGGCAUGACAACUUUGGUGACGACCCAUCAUGGUACGUUUGCGAUCUUAAUAAAGGAAAUAUAUUUAUCUAA